UUGACUGGAGAGUCGCAGCGAACGCGGUCUCAAAACCCAAACAAAUGAUAUUUUCAUGCCAAGCUCAACAAUCGAAGGACUUUUGACACGAUUAGAAGAGAAACGUGUGCUGUGUGCAUUCGCAUAUCGGAUUAUAUUUAAAUUAAGGAAUAUAGUCUUCGCUCAGCCGAUCACAGAGAUCAUUAAUCGGUGGAAGCAAGUGUGAAGACAAGUUUGGAGAGAAUACCACCAGCUUUAUCUGUGCUCUGUAACGUGAAGUGCUUCAUAGAACUAACCGUGAAAGCAGCUAACAGUGAACACAAGACAUGUCUGCCUAAUGCUACAUUUAAACCAGGGCUUUGACUAAUAAUAGGAUCGCUGUGUUUUGCAGACAUCAUACAUUUUGUGAUUUAUAGAAUUAAUUUAACAAAAUAGGCAAUUUAACAGGAUAGGCAUAACAAAGGAGUAGCAUGUGUGUUAUAGCACGCUCAUCAUCCUGCAUGUAGUUCAGUUUGGAAUAACACAGAUUGUGCAACAGAGGACAUUGAACUGCUGCACUGGUGUUUCAACUAGCUUUCAGGGUUUGAAUGGGAUAUAGUGCAGAUACUUUGAAAAAAAGGAAACUGCUGCAUGUUUAGCAUGUGUUGAUUUGGAAGUCAGAACCCGGCAGACACACACUAUGUUUUAAAAUAUCUGAUUUCUGUGGCUGUCAGACGAAACAACAUGCUAAGUUUAUAACAAUAAGUACCUUUAGGGUUUGUGAUGUGACUUAAACUAGAUCCCCAUUUUCACCCUGCUGUGACUCCCACACUGUUUUAAUGAGGUGAACAUCAGUUUUCGCCCGUUUCUGAGCAGCAGUCUUGUGGUUAAUUUCCCGUUUUUUGUGUGCAUGUGUGGGCAAGGAUUAAAAUGAGCUGGUAGGGGAGGAUUUUGAGUGUCAAAGCUGGCACCUUGUGCUGCUUACAGAGUUUUAGGAGAAGAGCCAGGCAACUCUUCUACACAUUCAGUGGACACUAUCUCAAGGGUUUUUCCAACGACUACAUUGCAAACUUAUUCCAGGGCCUUUGCUCUGUUGGUGAGAGGAGAGCUGGUCAGGAGAAACUCCUCCGCUUUACUUAAAGAACUAUACGUUCCUCCUCUCUGAAUCCCACGUGGGAAGUCUUUCAGGCAUUGCUUAUCGACCACAUAAGCAGGAUCCCAGUCAUCAAACUACCGGAUCGUUCCUCACUUCCCACGCCCUCCUGGCAGAAGAUCCUCCACAUGUGAAAAGAAGCUUCUGGAUCACUGCAGAGUUCUCCCGCCACCCUUCCCACCCCCCCUCAUACCGCUUCAUCCUGGAACACUUGAGCUGGCCUCUGGCAGGGGGCUUGUGUCCUGGGGCCGCGCCGUGUUCCUGUUGCAGACCCUAGCCUAGGAUAGCUUUGGAUAGACGAGCAUUGGCCCUGGUACUGGGAGAGGGAGCCACUGGACUUCAGAGCUCACAACUCUGGAUCCUGGCCAUGAGGUUUGAUGCCUCAAUCCACUGACUGGAGACACUGGACCUAAAUGGCGCAGCAUGACUUUGUUCCUGCCUGGCUUAACUUCUCAACGCCUCAACCCGCCAAGUCUCCUGCAGCAAGCUUCGAGAGACAUGGAGAGCACUUACCCCGCGGAGACAGCAAGCCAAGCGUGAACCGCCGACGCCACAAUUCCUCCGAUGGCUUCUUCAACAACGACCCGCUCCGAGCCCCGGCAGGCGACGGGUGGGCGCAGCCUCUGCUCCUGCGGCACGACUCUGUGGACUCCGGCGUGUCGAAGGGCAGCCACGGGGGCCUGGUCAGCGGCCCGGGCUGGAAGGAGGCGCCCACCUGGCACGGGCCGCCGUGGGGGCAGGAGGGGCCGGGGUCCCACCACCACCACCACGGACGGCACCCCAAACGCGGAGGAGGGGACAGGGACCGGCAGGGGGGGCACCGGCAGCGUAACGGAAACUUCCACUCCCGUAAGGGCGGCCACUUUCAGGACAAGUUCUCCGACGAGGAACGCAAGGAGGACAAGCUGAAGUUCGUGGAAGAGGACUUUCCCUCCCUUAACCCAGAGGCGAAUGGAAAGGCGGUGAGCCAGGCGCGUGCUGUGGGGGCCCCUGCAGGAGUGUGGGAGAAUCCCCCCAGUGCCAAGCAGGCCGUGUCUAAGAUGCUGGUCAUUAAGAAGGUUUCUAAAGAAGACCCCUGUGCCGCGUUCUCUGCAAACUUCGCCAGUACAGGGCCCCUCCCUGCCAACGGCACCAAAGUCCCCAUCACUGGACCCAGCGUUUACAAGAAUCUGGUGCCCAAGCCAGCUGCAGCCCCCACCAAGUCUGGGCCGUGGAAACCCAGUGGAAGGGAAACAAAAUCGGGUUUCCAUUUCUCAGGCCGGGACUCAGCCUUCACCAGCCCCGUCUCCGUGACCAAACCUCUGACACCAGUCAGCACCGCGCCCCAUGCAGCCCCCAAGGAGCCCCCCUCCAGCAUCACCCCACCCAUCGACGUCACGCCCCCGCGCCUCAAACUGAUGCGCCGCAGCACCGACCGCAAGAGCGAGUUCCUGCGCACCCUGAAGGACGGCCGGAACGGAGAGGAGCCCGCCUGCCACAGCCCCGGGACCCCGGGGGAGGGUGACGGGAGUACCCCGGAGCCUAAGGACUACAGCGAGGGCCUGUGCCACGAGAACGGCGUGUCGCACUCCCUCAGCGACUCGGACACCGAACACCUGUCCAGCUCUUUGGAGGCCGAACACAGGUUACUGAAGGCCAUGGGCUGGCAGGAAUAUCCAGAGAAUGAUGACAACUUCCUGCCCCUGACCGAGGAUGAGCUGAAAGAAUUUCAAGUCAAAACUGAGCAGCUGAAGAAGAAUGGCUUCGGGAGGAACGGGGUGCUGUUGAAGCCGCGGGGUGUGGCUCUGCAGUUCACCCACUGGAGAAGCACUGUGGAUGCGGGCCUGGAGGAGGGCUCUGAGUCCGAGACCAGCAGCAGUAGCCAGACCUCCGACGACGACGACACCUGAUGUGGCUUUAACGGAUCUCUCCUUUCCUCGUUUUUUUUUUUUUUUCCUCCUUUCUUUCUUCAAAAAAAAACUCAAUUGCUCGUUUGUUCCCAUGCACAAGGGAAAGCAAUCAUAUCCCAGAGAGAGUUCAUUCUGGCUUGUGUAACAUUUCUUUCUUUUCUUUUUGCCCUCCCCCAUUUCUGUUCAGUCCUUAGUGCUCCCUGUUUUCCCAUUUCCUGGAACAAAAUAUCCAUCAAAGAAGAUCAACACACAUUCAGUUUAACUGAAGAAACUGACUAACCCAUGACAGUAAUAAUGACAUUAAUAUAAGUGAAUAUCACUUCAGUUCCUUUUUGUUAAAAAAAAAAAAAAAAUGGCUUUGAAAUUUGAGUUUGAGAAACCAUUCUUAGCGGUAGUACUGAGAUUAAACAAUCGUUAUGAAUAAUUGAUAUUAAUGUUGCUCGAAGCCCCUUAUGAGGAAAUCAUUUUAGCUUGUCACUGCUGUUGCAGGGCUGCUUGUCUGUGGUAACGUAUCCAUACAAGGAGAAUAAGCCCCUCGGAGUGGAGUGUAGCAUGGCAGCUAUUGAAUGAAACAAUCACGGUUGUGAGGCUGACAGAAGGUGAACGUUUGAAUUUGAAUUUGAAGACAUUUUUCUCACUCUUAGGCAAUCCUCUGUGUUCCCCCACGACACCACUUCUCAGGAGUGCGUUUCGCUUUAGGUUCGGUUGUAUCAUCGCCCAUUGAACAUCGACGCAUAGUUUACCCCAUGCCCUUUACUCUAUCAUUGUCUUGAUAGUUGUGGUUUUCAUUAUAUUUUUAAGUAGCUUGGGGUAUUUCACUAGUCACAUUUUAUGGUCUACAUCACAAUUACAGAUGCAGGGUACAGAUUGUUAUUUUCUUGUACUCUUGAACGUGCGAUGGAGACGUGUGAUACACAAACAGACUUGGUGGACACCUUGCUGCCAGCACUGCGUUUGGUUGAGCGCAUUAAAUCAUAAGAGAAGCAGCAACAAGAACAUAUGGUUAAAUUUUUCCCUUAAAAAUAAUAGCGCUUUACUUGUAAUGAAUGUAGCCAAGAAGGGCUGACAAAAAUAAUUGAAGAAGCUGUUAUGUCACAGCAAUUCAGUCUUAAAAAUUCUGGUUUGUCUUUUAAAUGAUGUAUUCAGGUAAUAAAUGAAUAAUGAUUUUAAAAAAUCAAUUUCAACUUCAAUACCAAAGAUAGUGGCAAAAUUGGUACAAGAUUGCCUAAAUGCAUUGGUGACGGAGUUGGAUUUGAUUUGCGGGUGAGCCAACCUUCUGAAGACCGGCGGUAAGGACCGGUCUUUAUCUCAGGCAAUCAGGGAUGUGUAAUCGGGACAGUUGCAGGGAGAAGGCCAUUGGUGGGGCCGAUUGAAACUGGCACGUAAUACUCCACAAACGCUAACUUAAUCCGUUCUGCGAUUUUUCAAUCAAAAAAAGUUGUGAGUUCUAAAGUUAAGAAUGACUUCAGUGAUCUUGAGACUCAAAAUGAUUCCUGCAGCUGAAAUUAAGAUGCAGCUCCAUCCUAAUCUUUUUUUUUUUUUUUUUUUUUUCAUAAGGGACUGCCGUUUUAAAUUAUGCUUACAGCCACACUUUUUGUACUUUCCUCUUUUUGCUGAAAGGGUAUAAAAGGCUUUAUCACACAUGUUUGUUUUAUUUUGUUUUGGUACAGCUGUAAAGAAAAGAAUUCCACUUCAGUAGGCUUUUUUCUUUUGCAUUUUGUUCCUGUGACCUUGAUAUUCAGGGUGGAUUGUAAAAUAAAAAUGAAAAAUUGUGAGUUUUCAAAAAAAUUAUUUUGAUAACAUUAUUUACAGAUUUGAAAGAUAAAAGGGUCUCAUGUAUGGAGUUAUCUGUAUGAGGUAGAAAAACUACUGCAUCUAAAAAAUGAAAAAAAUUGUAAUAAAUAUUUUGCAUCAGUUUGCCAAACAA